UAGACAGUUCUGUUAUUUUUGUUUUGAUUUUUUUCUCACGGUUUAUUGGCGAUAAUUUAAGUUUUUAAAAUGGAAGAUUAUGAGGAAUUCUACAAAACAAUCUGUCGAGUGUGUUUGUCGCAAGGAAACAGUGAAAAUAUGGUGGAUUUGACUGAUACGGCAUCUGACGACGGACUAAGUUGUUAUGGCAAAUCGGUGAUAACUUUUGCAAAUAUUCGCUUAAAAAACGACUCUUUACCUAAUAAAAUGUGUCAAGACUGUUUAUUUUUACUUAAACAAGCAAUCGUAUUUAAGAAAAUAUGUGAAAAGAGCGACGAAAAACUUACAAAAAUGGUGCGAAAAUUCGACAGUUCUGACGUGGAGUUCAAAGAAAAAGUAUCUCAGUUUGUUCUAUUUUCUCAAUAUUUUCCUGAUGGAUUUACAUUAGAAACUUCUAAGAAAAAUAAAGUCAAGUUAUCUUUGAAUAAGACCAAUGAAAAACCUGUAAAACAAGUUGAAACUAAUACUGUUGCUGAGGUAGAAUUUCCAAAUAACGAUUUCGAUGAUUUUCUCUCAAAUGACUAUCAAGAAGAAUCAAAUUCGAUUGAAAUUCCUGAAAAUGAUGACUUAGAUGUUGAUGAUAUCUUAAACAGAAUAGAAAAAAUAGUAGAAAUGAAGCCGGAGAGCCUAAAUAAUUACAGAAAAAAAUACAAGCAAAAUAAAGUAAAACAAAAGUAUAAACAUAGCAAACAAAAGACAAAACAAAAGGUUCGUCAGAAAGUUGAAAAGGAUAUACAGUGUAAGAUUUGCAAUAAGGUAUUGGCUAACUUAUACACAUACAAUAGUCAUAUGCUACGUCAUACAGGCUGCAGAUAUGUUUGUGAACACUGUGCUAAAAAAUAUGUGACUUACGCUGAGUUACAAUACCAUUUAGCUUCCUCCCACGAUAUCGGUCCCCAUCAUAUUUGCAAAGAAUGCGGUUUCAAAGCACCUAGGAAAUUCGACCUAGUCGAACACAUAAGAUUACACACUGGAGAACGCCCCUUUGCUUGUGACAAAUGCGGGCUAACGUUCCGAAGACGGUUUGUGUGGAAAAAACAUGCGUUAUACCAUAUGGAAAAAACAGUUCAAUGUCCUAGAUGCCCGAGAAAGUUUUACCAGAGAAGUGAAAUGUUAGCCCAUGCAAAUAAUGUGCAUGAGAGAGUGUAUGUCUAUGCUUGUAAUGAAUGUGACGUCACAUAUGCAAGACCAGCUACGGUGAGACGGCAUUUGAUAGAAAAACAUGGUGUUGCCAGGGAAAUGCAAGGCAGAAUAACUAGGAUUAAUUUAGCCAAAUCUUCAAUAAGAUAAUGUAUUUAUAUUGUACAAUUUAAUGAUUAUUGCAUGCUAUAUUUUUAUAUUGCAUAUUAUUUCUGAUGUAAUAAUAAUAAAAUUGUUUUCCUGAAAUUAAUAAAAUGUUACAACUACAAUUAUUU